AUGAGCAGCAGCAACAACGGCGGCAACAAUAGCACUGCCGGCCGCGGCACGACCGCGACACCGCCGAGGCCGCACUGGAGGACAAGGGACCCUACCGCCACCGUCGUCUACGUCGUGCCACCUUCCCAGUUCCGCAGCGUCGUGCAGCAACUCACCGGCGCCGCGUCGCCCAACACGGCCACAUCCGACGCUCAACGUUACGUUGUUGCGCCCUGCGUCGUCCACGCCAACGCGGGCCAUGCGGCGGUUUGGAGUCGUGCUGAAGGUGGUGGCGGCGAGGGGGCAAGUCGUGGUACCGGUGGUGACAGGACGACGACAACGACGAUGAGACAGAUGUUGGAGGAGUGCAUGGCUUGGGCUUCCGACGACCAUGACGAAAACUAG